AUGCAGUUCUCUCUUCUCCUCGUCGCGGCGUAUGCCUGCACCGCCUCCGCACGCCUGACCUGGUCCUUGGCAAAAGCGACCAACCCCACCGCCGACCAAAGAGACGCAUACACUAAGAUUGAAGCUGCAAUGACAAAGGCCGUCGCUCGCUACGAGAAGUACUCCGACGCAAACAAGACGAUUCGUGUGGCCUACGCCCCGGGUGUUCCUACUGCCGAGGCGAACUACAACGGCGAUCUACGAUUCGGCUCGAACCGCGCUUACAUGACGGAAAGGACUGCGAUGCAUGAGAUAAGCCACACGCUAGGAGUUGGCCAGACAGCGGCUUUUGACAGAAAGUGUGCUGCAGGCGACUGGCGCACGGCACUACCCCUGAUCAGGAGCUUCGAUGGAGCAAAUGCGAAAAUUACUUGCGGAGGUGGACACUUCUGGCCAUACGGCCUGAACUAUGAGACUGAGUGGAGCGAGACGAAUGCGAACCGGCAUGUGCAGCUGAUUGAGGCUAUGCUGACUGACGGGAUGUGA